UCUUGUCACCUUUCAUCACUGGCGGUCCGCUUGGAAUAUUUCUAACCUAAGUGAAGACUGGGAGAUGCGAACAAUCUUUUUAGAGUGGUUUUUUUUCUAGGUCUAGGCUACAAUUUCUAGGCAGUUAGGCCUCAAAGGGGCUGAGCAUAUUUUCUGCCAGAUUCUUUCGUUUUACAAAAAUGCAUUGAAUGAGCAUAAUUUCAGUGAAAUUGAGGAGUGUCUUCUGGAUAAUUACCUAUUCUGUAAGAGAGAGGGAACCAAAGUAUAUGUAUAAAUGAUGGCAAAUACAGCAGAGAAAAAAUCUGAAAUAGAAUUACUACCAUGCAGCUUCAAAUUUCAUAAUUUUGUUGCCAAAGUCGGUGAUACUAAUAUUAAUUGCCAAAUAAUAAGGAUGGAAGAUUCUUUGUAUCUGUGGAUUGGAGAUUCCAAUAAUGGCAGUAUGGAAGACUUGUCUUUUGCUCUUACAUCAAGUUUCGAGAAACAACCUAUUGCAACCAAAAUCAUGGGUUCUAUAGCAAAUGCUACAUCCACAAAUAUGGCUAAGAGAUUAAGCAUGAAGUUUGGAAAAGCAAUAUAUAUUAGUUUUAAUAUAACUCCAAAUAAUAUAAUAUUACCAGGAAUUGAAAAAAGAAUUCAAGAAGAGUUCAAGACACAUACAGAUCUAUUGAGUUUUUGACUUCGAUUGAUA